CCCCACCCCUAAGCGAGGCUUGAAUCUUAAGGGAGCGGAAUGUAGGGCUGAGCCAUAGAGAGAUAUAUGCCUAGAGCAACACCGCUGACGGCUGUUUUCCACGAAGAUCCUUUGCGGGACUCUUUGUCGCCAUGGCGUCGCUGGGUGAUGUUGCAGCUUUGAUUUUGGUAGCAAUUCUUUGGGGAACAACCAAUCCAUUUUUGAAAAGAGGAACUGAGGGUCUGGAGCAGGUAAAGAGAGAAAGCCGACUUCAGCAGAUGCUGGCAGAAAUAAAGUUCCUUUGCCUGAAUUACAAGUACAUGUUACCAUUUAUUGUAAACCAGUGUGGCUCAGUCAUCUACUAUCUCGCAUUAGCAUCCACAGAUCUGACCUUGGCUGUGCCUCUUUGCAAUUCCUUGGCCCUGGUCUUCACAGUGGCAACAGGGAAAGUUCUUGGAGAAAACAUAGGUGGCCCAAGGGCCGCUCUGGGAAUGCUCUUGAUAGUCUUGGGCAUUGCCAUCUGCAUAGUUGCGUCUGGGCACAAAAAUCCAUGAAGAGGGGAAAUUCUGUGGAAGACGUAUCUACAACUGCUGAUGCCACUCUCAAGAGACGCAGCACAGGGUAAACAAUCCCUGGCUCCAUGUUAGAGAGAGCAUGGUUCUUCAUAUCCUGGCAAUCACUCCUUCGUGCACUUGGAUUCCAAAGAGACCUGGGUCCUUAGAUCUUGUCUUGAUGUUCCUGUUAGCCAGAAACCUUGGAGACCCCAAGAUUGCUUUAAUGGAAGCAGCAAGAUCAGGAGCCUUCAAGUGAAUGCAGAAAGAUCUCAGCAAAAGUGAUAAGGAGUUGCCCAGACAGAUCUGAUUUAAGAGCAGGCCACUAGAUUGGUACCCAGAAAUACAGUUUUGGAAGUCUUAAGUUAGGCUUCAGAUUCCCUUGUGAUUUUGUCAUUACAGAGUUCCUAGUCCUGUAGUCCAGUGUUUCUCAAUUUUGGACUUAAACUCCCAAAAUUCCCCAGCUUCCCAGAGCAUUCCAGGAGUUGAAGUCCACACAUCUUCAAGUUACCAAAGGUUUGCUUUGUAUAUGAAUAAUGUCAGUGUGCUUGCAUAAGCAGCAUGGGGGCCUAGAGGCAGAGCUCUAGAAGUAGAGCUCUCUCCUCACAAUUAGGAGGCUGUGAGUUCAAUCCUAGGCGUAUGUUUCUCUGGGCACAAAGAGACGUUCCGCGUAGGCAUCAGAAAGGGCAUCUGGCCAGUAAAUGCUAAGUUCCGUUCAGUCACUACAACUCCAUUCCGAUGCAAGUGAUUAUAGGACUGUUAAAAAAAAUAAUGCCAAUUUGCUUGCAUAACAAGCUCUUUACCACUCCAAGAUCUAAAAUCUGUUAACAUCUUUACCUGAUGCGACCAUGUGGCCAUGAGUUUGCCUGUUUUAAAUUUGUAACAGUUGUCAGCCCUUGGUCAACAUGCCUGGUUUCUCUCUCUCCCCACCCCCCCAAUCACCCACUUCCCAAAAUCUUGUCUUGGAUAAGUAUUUCAAAUCGGAGAGAUGGAGUUGGGAUUUCUACAUUUGUUAACAAAUUCUGUAGACAAAAAUUGCACAGAACAUGUACAUAAUUUGGUUCGAUACGUUUGCUGUGGUAAACUUUGAUGGGCCCAUUUCAUUAGAGUUAUUUCUCCAAUUCAGGAGAGCUUCUAGGGCUAGGCGGUUGCAAACAAAGCUUCUGUGUCACUUUCUCCUCUUUGUAGAGCUUAUCAGCACGUCCAGUCUUUUCAUUGUACAAGGAGUGAAAAAGGUAUGUGAACAUGUAUAUUUAGAGAGCUCUGGGAAGGAUUGCUGAAAUGAUGUAGAAGCAGAUUGUUGCUUAAUGUAAGAUAACUUGUGCUGGAAUGCACACAGUCUUUUGUUUUGUAUUGAAGUGAAUAGAUUGCAUGUCAAUAGAAGAAACUGCAGGUCCGUGAUGGCGAAGCUAUGGCACGUGUGCCAGAGGUAGCAUGCAGAGCCCUCUCUGGGGACACACAUGCUGUCGCCAGCUGCUUUUUGGCUUUCUGGCAUGCACAUGCAUGCUGGCCAGCUGGUCUUCAUGGGUGCCGAAGUGCCAGAAAACAGCCUGAAAAAACAGCCAAAAAACAGGCAUGUGCACGCCGGCCAGCCAGUCUUCGGGUAUCUGGAACUCUAGCACGCACACAUACAUGCGCACGCACACACGUGCCGGUUUGGGCACUCAGUGCCGAAAAGGUUCGCCAUCGCUGUAAUAGGUAGUUACAGUGGUAAAGGGUAAAGGGCCGUGGUAGCUCAGGCUGUAAAGAAGCCUGUUAUUAAAACACAGCAACCUGUAAUUACUGCAGGUUCAAGUCCCACCAGGCCCAAGGUUGACUCAGCCUUCCAUCCUUUAUAAGGUAGGUAAAAUGAGGACCCAGAUUGUUGGGGGGGCAAUAAAAGUUGACUUUUUAUAUAAUAUACAAAUGGAUGAAGACUAUUGCUUGACACAGUGUAAGCCGCCCUGAGUCUUCGGAGAAGGGCGGGAUAUAAAUGUAAAUAAAUAAAAAUAAAAAGGUAGUUCUUGACUUGUUACAAGAGUUCAGUUAGUGAAUGUUCGAAGUUACAGUGGCACUGAAAAAAGUGACUUGCAACCGUUUUUCACACUUACAACCAUUGCAGUCUCCCUAUUGCCAUGUGAUCAAAAUUCAGGCGCUUGGCAACUGACUCAGAUGAUGGUUGCAGUGUUCCAGGGUCAUGUGAUCACCUUUUGCAACCUUCUGAUAAGCAAAGUCAAUUGGGAAGCCAGAUUCACUUACCGACUGUUACUAAUUUAAUUCCAGUGAUUCACUUAACAACUGUGGCAAGAAAGGUCGUAAAAUGGGGCAAAACUCACUUAACAAAUGUCUCACUUAACAGGAAAUUUUGGACUCAAUUGUGGUUGUAAGUCAGGGGCUACCUGUAUAUGUAGCUCAGGAUUGAACUAUAGUCUUUUGAUUGGAUUGAACUGUCUGUAACCAGAGAGCAGACCCUGCUCCCCUCUAGCACCGAUGAUGUUACCUAGUUGGGUAAUGAAACAUCUGUAAGAAAAUAACCAAGCUCAGAGACUAUCGAAGACCACAAAUUGUGCUUCAUUUAACAUGUCUUGAUUUUACAUAAAUGCAGAUUCAUUCACUGUAGUAAACUAAAAUGAAUUAGUUGUUGGAUAAACACAUUAUCCUUUCUUCUCUCCAGAGCUUUGAUUAAAGUUAGUUACAAGUUAAUUACUUUCUUGGAUGGCCGUCCCUUAGUCCUUGAUAUAACUUCCUCUUCCACAAUCACUGUAGCUUUCUGGGAAAAGUCAGAAGCAGUCAUGCCGUAUCCAAGGUGAUGAAAGAAAACUUUCCUUAUGGUUAGCCAUCAAGAAAAAAAAUGGUGUAGAUACUUAAAAUGGGAAUCCUUUACUCCUACCAGGGAGUAAGUUCUAUUAUAUUUAGUAUGACUUCUGAUUAGAGGAAGAAAACAUCUGACAAGCUAACUGCAAAGAUAACUAAAGUCUAGGGGAAACAGUUUCUCUGGGAGAAAAGCCCUCCAAGUAUUUUUGAAGAAUGUAAACUGUCUUUUCCAAAGUUAUUGAGCUGUCUAUUUCAUUGUUAUCCAAAUGUUCUGGGUAUUGUGUUUGUAUACCUAACUUUUUGCUGCCUCUUUUCCAACAAACAACAAAGAAAGUCUUCCUUAGAGCUCAGCAGCUUAGAAUGCCAAUUGGAAUUUAAAAUGCUAUUAAGUCAUCAAUUUAUAAUGCUGAUAUGAAUAAAAUUAAUGUUUCAA